GAUGGUAUGCCCCAUGGGUUUUGUACAGUCACAUAUUCUUCCACAGACAGAUUUGAAGGGAACUUUGUGCAUGGAGAAAAGAAUGGUCAUGGAAAAUUCUUCUUCUUUGAUGGAAGCACUCUAGAAGGCUUUUAUGUUGAUGAUGGUUUACAUGGCCAGGGAAAAUACACCUAUGAGGAUGGAGGCACACUUCAUGGCACUUACAUUGAUGGUGAACUGAAUGGGCCAGCUCAGGAAUAUGAUGCUGAUGGACGAUUGGUCUUCAAAGGACAAUACAAAGAUAAUAUCCGGCAUGGAUUUUGUUGGAUUUACUAUUCAGAUGGUGGGUAUCUGGUUGGAGAAGUUAAUGAAGAAGGAGAGAUGACUGGAGAAAAGCUAGCCUAUGUAUACCCUGAUGGGAAGAUGGCAUAUUAUGGGCACUUCAUAGAUGGUGAAAUGAUAGAAGCAAGAUUGGCAAAUGUUAUACUGGCAGAGGAAGAAAAACUACAAUUUGAUGUUAUACCAGGCAGCCCAGUUUACUGUUUUGAUAAAUCUACUUCGUCCUGCAUUUCUACAAGUCCACUUCUUCCUGACCCUUAUGAAUCAGAGAGGAUCUUUGUAGAUGCAUCUCUUAUUUCCAAUGCUGGAGAAGGUUUAUUUACUAAAAUAUCUGCUGAAGCUGGCACAGUUUUAUCUUUUUACAAUGGUAUACGAAUUACACAUCAAGAGGUGGACAGCAGGGACUGGUCUUUGAACGGGAAUACGAUAUCCCUUGAUGAUGAAACUGUCAUAGAUGUGCCAGAACCUUACAGCCAUGUAACCAAAUACUGUGCCUCUUUGGGGCACAAGGCAAACCACUCAUUCACCCCAAAUUCUGUUUAUGACUCAUUUGUUCACCCUCGCUUUGGACUGAUUAAAUGUAUUCGAACCAUUCAAGCAGUGGAGAAGGAUGAAGAACUAACAGUUGCUUAUGGCUACGAUCACAGUUCCUCUGGACAAAAUGGGCCAGAAGCACCAGAGUGGUAUCUGGCAGAACUAAGAGCCUUCCAAGCUUCCCUGAAAAAAUGAACAUGCAAGCAGUUUUCCUAUUCAAUACAUUGAAUCUAUGCACUAUCUUUGAUGAUGGAAAUGGAACAGCCAGUGGUUGACCAUGUUGUGAUUCUUCAAUACUUUCCCCUACAUUAGAAAGAGUGGGAGCCUUUUUUGUUCUUGUUUCUUGCAGACUAAUGUGUUUCAGCCACUCCCUUAGAAUAAUCUUUACAUUUUGGCUAAUAGUGCAAAAUGAAUUAUUUAAUAUGCUACAUAAGGAAGUGUGGCCUUUUUUUUGACAACUAGUUUGCUUCAGCAGCUGUCAAAAUAUAGAAAGAGAGCAUUUUCAAAACCAAGGUUUUAUCUGUACUGUGGUUUCUCUCAUUCUGAGCAACUACAUUUUGUAUUUGCCAUAUUGUGAUGAUGAUUAUAGAAUUGUGCUAAAUUUAGUAUUCUAAAAAAGCAGUAUAAUUUCAGAAGACUGCUUUAGGGCAUUUUCUGUUUUGGUGCACAAGAGACUUCUCUUUACAUUAUCUUCUUAAAGUCAGCACAAAAAAUUAAACUUACAGUGUCAAGGUCAGUAAAAUGAGGACCCAGAUUGUUGGGGGCAAUAUGCUGACUGUAUAAACCACCUAGAGAGGGCUGUAAAGCAUUGUGAAGUGGCAUUCUGAAGUGCUAUUGCUACAUGUCGGGUUUUUUAGGCUCUUGAGGAUAAGUGCCUGGAAGACCAGAGCUGCUAUAACUUUAAUCGUGAUAAUUACAUUUGAGUGACUUCUACUUGUGCAUAUGAGCAUUUUCUGCUGCUUGUUUUUGGUUUCUUACACUGGAGAGCAUAAUGUCAGUUAUAUAGAACAGUGUUUCUCAACUUUGAUGACUUUAAGUCCACAGGACUUAAAGUCACCAAGGUUGAGAAACACUGAUAUAGAACAAAUGAAUCAAGGACAUACCAAGAAAUUUAUUGUUUGCUACAUUUUUCUUUUUCUUUCCUUUAAUUGGUAACUUACAAAAUCCUGGAAGCUACCAAUACUUAUCAAAGGCUUCUGUAGAGCUAGGAAAGAAGUAAAAAAAUCCUACAUUGCAAACCUUUAAAAAACAAACAAACUGCAGAGUAAUUCAGAGAGUUACAUGGAAAACUCAACAUUUUUACUAUGAAGCAAAUUAUACUUGAGACUCUCAAACAGUUUUACGGGAAUUAUGAAAGCACAUUUUACUAAUCCUAGCUAACAUUUAAUUAAAAAAAGGAAACUUUCAGGGCCCUGUAGCCAGUUCCUGGCAUUUCUUAAACAGAUUUUCAAAUAUGUGCAAUAUAUGUUUACAGAGUAUUUGCUCUGUAUUAUAAGUUGAAAUGUCUAUUUGCAAUGUGCCUAUUUAUUUAAAAAUAAAUAACCACUGAACUCAGUGGGACUUUCUUCAAAUGUAGAAGAUUGCAUUGCUAGUUUCUUAUGCAGAAAAAGGAUUCUGAAUAUGAUCUUUAUCAACAGGCUGAUGAGUCUGUUGCUGAAACUCUGAUUAGUUUAUUUCACUAUUUUAAAUAUGUAAUACUGUAGUCCUGGAUUACAGUCUUUAUACCAUGCAUAUUUUAAUUUUAAUUGUAGGCAACAAAGCUAGAACCUUACAUGUUGCAGCCUCAUAAGGAUUUAAAACUAGAAUACUGCAUAGAGUAGAAGGCAUAUAGAAACAGGUCAUUUAAAAUGUCAAGAAAAAGUAUUUUAAACAUUUUAUUUACCAAGGAAAAAUCUGCAAUGCCUGUAUUUAAGCAGAGAGAAAAACAUGGGCCAUAAGAUCUGGGAUGGCGAUAGAAAUAGAUUUGUUAUUAGAUUUAGGCAGCAUUUCUUCCUUUGUCCUACAUACCAUUAUAUGGAUGAGGUGGCAUCACCCCAAAGAAACCCAUUAUACACUCUGGGGGUCUUUUUGGACCCUUGACUCCUGCCUGUGGCAGCUGUGACUAGGAGGCCUUUGUACACUUUGGGUGCUGACAGUCACUAAUGCCCUUGGGCCCUCCUAUCUGGAUUAUUGCAAGGUACUCUACAUGGGACUUUCCUUGAGAAAGCUUCAACUGGUGGAGAAUCCAGGUUCACAAGUAGUAAACACUAUUGGAAAUUUGACACAUAUAACACCAUUGCUUUGUGAAUUGUGCUAGUUGCCAGUAUGUUUCCAGAUGCAAUUCAAGACAGCUAAAUUUAGAGUUUAUUAUUAAGAAUUCAGUCCUUUAUAUGAUUAUUUAAGGGAAGCUUUACUAACAAUUCUUUUUACAAAACUGCAUUUGAUUUCUAUGUCAAGAGAAUAAUUGACAUUUUAAAUGGACAUUGAUAACAUGACCCUGAGAUCCAUAGAGUCCAGUCUGCUGCUAAUUCUUCUUUAUUUUCUAUAGCAUUGUUUCAUAUCCUAAAAGCAAUCUUACAGUACUGAUGAAGCCAAGCAAGUAACCCAGAAAGUGCAUGGCCAACAUUUGCCACCAGUACACUAUUUAAAAUCAGCACAAGAUAGCUGUUAUUGUGGAUUGUUGACAAAUAUAGUUACAGUCCAUGAAUUGAGAAAUAUUUGGAAGCUUAUUCAUUGGAACUAAUAUGAUCACUAUCUUCAUGAAUGAUAUAACAUGUAGACAUCCAUUUGUCAUGCUUAUACUGUGUGCCUGCAAGAGGGUGCAGAAUCAUGCCCAAUCCUGACAAGCAAUCACAAUUACUGUAUGCUAUGAACUUCUCAAACUACAAAAGAUGAUAGUGAAAUGGAUUUGUCAUUUUUAAAACACUUCUUGGUUAACACUUUUGGAAUACAUUAAAAUUGUUUCAUCUUUUUAAUGUAGAUAUUUGCCAUUGUAAUUAUAUUCUAAUUUAGAUUUCAACAUGUUCAUUACAUUCUUAUUCACACUCCUUGUGUCAGAAUUUGUUGCAUAAAUUCAAAUCUAGAAGCACACACAGAUAACUGAUUCAGCUGGAUUCAUUUAACUUCUUUAUAUACAUAAGAAUAGAUGCAUAAAUGUACAAUACCAACAGGUGGUUCUUCCAAGUAAAGCAAGGCACGUGAGUUACAGGCAAAUACAAGCAAUUAGUUUCAUAUCAGCAGAAGAAUCCCAACAGACUGCUAGUUUACUUCUCAGAGCAGCAGACUGCUUUCUUAAGUUUCUGUUCCAAUUCUCUGCACAGGCUCAGAUCUGUUUAAACUCCCAUUGGCUGAUUUAGUUGUUAUGCUUAUUCAUUGGCUGACCUUGUUCCCAUGUCUCUCCCAGUCAUGAAUAUUUUAACACCUUGCAGUGAUUUAUAGUGUUCAAAAUUAUUUAGUGUAUAAUCCUCUAUCUACAGCUCCCACUGAAUUCAACAGAAGUUAUUUGCAGUUGAAUUUUCCCAAACCUGUAGCCAUUUCCAUUUGUUCGUCAUUUAGUUUUAAUGGGCAUGCUGUGCCAUUUUAAAAAAAUAAUUUCAAACUAUAUAAUUAUAUCCAGAACACUUGCAUAGUCAAUAUUGAAAUAUUUAGCUGGUUAGAAACAAACUGUUCCUUUACAUAAUUGUCACAGGGAAAUGCAGUUCAGAGGGACUCCAUAUUUUAACUGAAUAUUUCAUAAAAUGGGCAUAUGAUGUUUCAAUUAAAAAUCUGACUGAUAAAGGAGAAUAUUUGUAGCUUGGGUUUGAAAUGGGUCCUUGGUCCUCUCUGAACUUGGUUGUUUUCUUGCAGAAAUUUAAUUACCUAAACUAGGUAAUCAGUGCUCAUCAACUCAUCAAUGACAAUGAUGGGUAAUGAAAUUGAAUUGAAUUGAAUUUAUUAUAUUUCUAUGCCGCCCUUU